UAAAGAGAGAGAACUCGGUGGGUUUGCAAUGUUUUCCUCACCUUUCUUGGGCGGGGGGGAGGUCCCUUGAGUGGUGGACACAAAAAAACAUGCAUUCAGAGGUAAAGUUGUCCUGCUGCCCAAUAAGGGGGGAAUUAGUGAGGGAGGUUCAGCGAGCAGGUUAGGUUGCACGGCUUGGCUCUCUGUUUCUAAGUUGCGGAGCCUGGAGUGAAGCAGCUGCUGCUUUUUGCUGCAUCAGGUUGGAAAAGAGGGGUAAGGAGGUUGGGGGGGGUGGGUUGCUGAAGGAGGGAAGAAAAAAAAAGGGGGGGCUGCAAAAAAAACAGCAACAGCAACAGCAACAAAAAGGGGAACGGCUUGAACACUUGGUGGAUGAUUAUACCCAAGCUCACACCCUUUGUGUUUCCUUUACAAAAGAGAGAGAAAGGAACACAAAUAUCUGUGAAGAAGGAGCAACAAUUUAUCCAGCGAGAAUCAACACCAAUACUUUCCUUUGGACCCUGGGACUAGAGAUAUAUGCCUCUAUAUAUAUUCUCGGACAGCCGGCGGCGUUCAUCUCAUCAAAUUCGGAAUUCUUUAGAAACUAUUUAAAGUGUUUUGAUUUUUUAAAAAUUUCUCUGGAGUGUGGGGAGGGAUUAGGAGGUGAGAUCAUUUUUUUGAGGGGGGGGCAAGUUUUUUUUUGAUUCCUUCAUGUGAAUUAAGGUGUGCUAGUGAAGCGGAUUUUUCCUUCUUGUAUCUGCCUGAAGCUGGAAGUUGGCUGGCGGGAAAGAAGACACAAUCUGCAGGAUUCUGAUUUUCUCAGUGGCUUACUGUCACCAAGAGAUGCAAGAGCAGAAAUUACACUGUUGCUACUAGGCUGCAGUUACAGUAACAUGGACUUCCAUACGGCUCCUUGAUUCAGAGAAUUUGGUUCUACUGAUGUUUGCACCACUGCUGCAAGAGUUAAAAACCAAUUUAAAAUUUGCAGACUCCCAUUGGAACUGUCAGUAGGACUGCUAUACCAGCAUCUGGACAGAAUCUUUCAACAUCAGGUUAAACCUUUUAUUCAGUGGAAAAAUGACUAAUAACACAACAAGCCACCAUCCAGGCAACUCUGUUGCAGAGGGCAACCAUGACAGUGAAUUUGGCUGCACUGUCGGGGACCUGCGAGCCCUCAUGGAACUGCGAUCUGGUGAAGCAGUCAGUAAAAUACAUGAAACGUAUGGUGAUGUUCAGGAUAUCUGCAGAAGAUUGAAAACUUCUCCAGUAGAAGGUCUGUCUGGCAACCCAGCUGAUCUUGACAAACGAAAGCAAGUGUUUGGUCAGAACUUCAUACCACCCAAAAAGCCUAAAACAUUUCUGCAGUUAGUAUGGGAAGCACUACAAGAUGUAACUUUAAUUAUACUAGAAAUUGCAGCCAUUAUAUCUUUGGGCCUUUCUUUUUACCGCCCUCCUGGAGGGGACAGCGAAUUAUGUGGGGAAGCUACAGGAGGAGAGGAUGAAGGAGAGGCAGAAGCUGGCUGGAUUGAAGGUGCAGCUAUUCUCCUCUCUGUUAUUUGUGUGGUGUUGGUGACAGCCUUCAAUGACUGGAGUAAGGAGAAGCAGUUCCGCGGGCUGCAAAGUCGCAUUGAACAGGAGCAGAAGUUCACUGUGAUCCGCAAGGGUCAGGUUAUCCAGAUUCCAGUGGCGGAAAUUGUUGUGGGAGACAUUGCUCAGAUUAAAUAUGGCGACCUUCUGCCAGCUGAUGGUAUCCUCAUUCAAGGCAAUGAUUUAAAAAUAGAUGAAAGCUCUUUGACAGGAGAGUCAGAUCAUGUGAGGAAAUCAAUGGAAAAGGACCCAAUGCUACUCUCUGGCACCCAUGUAAUGGAAGGCUCAGGACGGAUCCUGGUAACUGCAGUAGGUUUGAACUCCCAGACCGGUAUCAUUUUCACAUUAUUAGGAGCAGGUAGUGAUGAGGAAGAGAAGAAAAACAAGAAGGGUAAAAAACAAGGAGCCCCAGAAAAUCGCAACAAAGCUAAAGCUCAGGAUGGUGUUGCACUGGAGAUUCAACCACUGAAGAGCGAGGAAGGUGGUGACCUGGAAGAUAGAGAGAAGAAGAAAUCAAAUAUACCAAAGAAAGAAAAAUCUGUCCUACAGGGAAAGCUCACCAAAUUGGCAGUGCAGAUUGGAAAAGCAGGUCUGCUUAUGUCAGCAGUCACAGUCAUCAUCCUUGUGUUGUUUUUUGUCAUUGAUACUUUUGGGGUUCAAGGCAGACCAUGGCUAGCAGAUUGUACCCCGAUAUAUAUCCAGUAUUUCGUGAAGUUUUUCAUCAUUGGAGUCACUGUGCUUGUAGUGGCAGUACCGGAGGGUCUUCCGCUUGCUGUUACCAUCUCUCUGGCCUAUUCUGUAAAGAAAAUGAUGAAGGACAAUAAUUUGGUCAGACACUUGGAUGCCUGUGAAACUAUGGGCAAUGCUACAGCUAUUUGCUCAGAUAAAACGGGUACACUCACCAUGAACAGGAUGACUGUAGUACAAUCAUAUAUUGGAGAAACGCACUACAGGCAAAUACCUGCCCCAGAUGCACUUUUACCAAAAGUUUUGGAACGGAUCGUAAAUGGAAUUGCCAUCAACUCUGCUUAUACUACCAAAAUACUGCCCCCUGAGAAAGAAGGAGGCCUUCCUCGCCACGUAGGGAACAAGACUGAAUGCGCUUUGCUUGGUUUUGUGCUGGAUCUGAAGCAAGAUUAUCAGGCCAUACGCAAUGAAAUUCCAGAAGAGAAGCUGUAUAAGGUGUAUACCUUCAACUCUGCACGCAAAUCCAUGAGCACUGUACUAAAGAAUGUUGAUGGGAGUUUUCGCAUGUACAGCAAGGGGGCCUCCGAGAUCCUUCUACGCAAAUGUACUAAAGUGCUAACUAAAACUGGAGAUGUAACAGUAUUCAAGGUAAGAGAUCGUGACGAAAUGGUGAAGAAAGUGAUCGAACCAAUGGCUUGUGAAGGGCUGCGCACCAUCUGCCUGGCGUACAGAGACUUCGUUAAGGAGCCUGAGUGGGAUAAUGAAAAUGAGAUUCUGAGUGACCUAACAUGCAUCACUGUUGUGGGAAUUGAGGAUCCAGUGCGACCAGAGGUUCCAGAAGCCAUUCUGAAGUGUCAGCGAGCUGGUAUAACUGUGCGAAUGGUGACUGGAGACAAUAUUAAUACCGCACGUGCCAUUGCCACAAAGUGUGGCAUCAUUCAUCCUGGAGAAGACUUUCUUUGUCUAGAAGGAAAAGAAUUCAACCGGCUUAUCCGCAAUGAGAAGGGCGAGGUUGAACAAGAACGCCUUGAUAAAGUUUGGCCAAGUCUCCGAGUACUUGCACGAUCAUCCCCAACAGAUAAACACACACUAGUGAAAGGUAUCAUUGACAGCACAAUUGGAGAGAUGCGGCAAGUGGUGGCUGUGACUGGGGAUGGGACAAAUGAUGGUCCAGCGCUGAAGAAGGCUGAUGUCGGCUUUGCUAUGGGCAUUGCGGGAACAGAUGUGGCCAAGGAGGCCUCGGAUAUCAUCCUGACAGAUGAUAAUUUUACCAGUAUUGUUAAGGCAGUGAUGUGGGGCCGCAAUGUGUACGACAGCAUCUCAAAGUUCCUGCAGUUCCAGUUGACAGUAAAUGUAGUUGCAGUCAUUGUCGCAUUUACUGGUGCUUGUAUUACCCAGGAUUCUCCACUUAAAGCUGUUCAGAUGCUCUGGGUCAAUCUGAUCAUGGACACGUUUGCUUCUUUGGCUCUGGCAACCGAACCACCAACAGAAUCUCUUCUGCUCCGCAAGCCUUAUGGCCGGAAUAAGCCACUAAUCUCUCGGACAAUGAUGAAGAACAUCCUGGGUCAUGGGGUUUAUCAGCUCACUAUUAUCUUCACACUUCUCUUUGCAGGUGAGAAGUUUUUUGACAUUGACAGUGGGAGGAAUGCUCCACUUCACGCUCCUGCUUCAGAACAUUACACCAUUGUAUUCAACACUUUCGUCAUGAUGCAGCUUUUCAAUGAAAUCAAUGCUCGCAAAAUUCACGGGGAACGGAACGUGUUUGAAGCAAUUUUCCGGAACCCCAUCUUUUGCAGUAUUAUUGUGGGCACUUUUCUAAUUCAGAUUAUUAUUGUGGAGUUUGGAGGGAAGCCGUUCAGCUGCUCAGGGCUAACCCUCGACCAGUGGCUGUGGUGCAUUUUCAUUGGGGUUGGUGAGCUUCUCUGGGGCCAGGUAAUCUCCACAAUUCCAACAAGUCGCCUAAAGUUCCUGAAGGAAGCUGGCCAUGGUACAACGAAAGACAACAUCCCGGAAGGAGAGUUAAUGGAGGACAAUGAUGAAAUUGACCAUGCUGAGAUGGAACUUCGUCGGGGACAGAUCCUCUGGUUCAGAGGUCUGAAUAGAAUCCAGACUCAGAUGGGCGUUGUCAACACAUUCCAGGGUGGACCUUCCUUGCAGGGAGCGCUGAGGCGGCAGCCCUCCAUAGUCAGCCAACACCACGAUAUCAAAGUGGUGAAUGCGUUCCGCAGUUCCUUGUAUGAGGGGAUAGAGAAACCGGAAUCUCGAAGCUCCAUCCACAACUUCAUGACCCACCCAGAAUUUGGAAUGGACGAUGACGAGCCUCGGAUCCCACUGAUUGAUGAGACUGAUGUAGAAAUCAAUGGACUUGCCAACUGUGGUGCCCCAAGCCCACCGAACAAGAAUAACAAUGCUGUUGACAGUGGAAUUGGCCUACCCCUCACAGACGCUAGCAAGCUCGCCUCUUCCAGUCCAGGAAGCCCCUUACACAGUCUAGAAACAUCGGUCUGAACCUCUUUCCUCAACAAUCCCCCACCUCUACCACCCUCAAAAACCCACACCCCACACACACCUCACAUGGAUUUCUAAUCCAUGAACUCGCAGCUUUCACACUGUCUUGUCUUGCAAGAAGCAAAAAAAAAUUGAAUGGUGGUUGGCAAAUUGAUGGGAAAUCUGCAGAUUCUAAAGCAUUUUAUGUACGAUGAACGAAUGUUUCUGACACUAAGCAUUUCACGUUCAAAUGGCAAUCUUAAGGUUUUAGAUCACACCAACUGUCAUGCCAGAAGAAAGUACAGAAUGGUGAGAAUUAAUGGAAUUGAAAGUGAUUUAUGUUGACUUUUACUUCUCCUAUCACCAGCACUUUGGAGUUUACAAGACUUCUAUUUCAAUUUAUUUCAAUUGAAAAGGCCACAAAUUUCAGUAACAGUGAAAUGAAAUGCCAAAAAAACAAAAAUCGUACAUUGCCUGGAGUGUGUAGUUUCCAGUAUGAGUAAUGGGAAUUGAUUCCACAGUUUGGUUAGUGUAAAGGGGCAGCAGGGAGGAAAGACUUAAACUUAUUUAAAUUACUGGUUGUUAGUUUGACAUGGCUUGCUGGUGACCUGUAAUGGGUCUCUUUUGCAGCCCACUGCCAAGUGGCUUCUUUAUUUCACUGAAGGAGGCAAGUGGCAAGAUCUCCUAAAUUUCAAUGUGCUGGUUGUUUGCUUCACAUCACUUGUACUCUAAAACUGUCUUCUAGUCUCCUAGCAAGGUGUGAUCCAUAUCCACAAUCCUGGUGCACGUGAUCAGCAGUGAUGUUCUAGUCUCAAUGACAAAGCUGGUGAAAAUCCUUUGAAGACUAUCUUUGUAUCACCAAUUUUAGAUUAUUUGCAGGGUCGGGGUUGGAUUGAGGUGGAGAGGAGAUGGGGCAGCGCAAUUGUGGCACUUGUGUUAUUUCGGUUGGGCACAGUGACCGAUUUCCCUGUAAUCGUUGACUGCCAGACUUUUGGCUUCCCGUUAAAAUUGAGUUGAAGCAGGAUGUCUAAUCAUUGUCGGUGUGCUGGGGUGUGAUGACGUCUUGUGCAUACAGGUGCGUACUGCUUUCUGACAAGGUGGCCAAUGUUUGAGACUAAAAAGUCUAAAGAGCCAGUUGACAGGAAAUCUUUCAGUCCACCUCAUAUAAUUGAUAUACAGUGGAGCUACUUAGAUCCUUCUCAGUCAUCAAGAUCACAAACUUUCUAAAUUUACAUUUGGUUUAUACCUUUCUUCAACAAAAAAAUAAAGCCAAAUGGGAUCAAAAUUUGGUACAAAUUUGGUUUGGAAUGUAUGUUUCUGGCAGCUUAUUUGCUACUUUUCACCUUAAAGCUUGUUGCAGGGUCUUCAAUUCCUCAGUGGCAGUGUUGUCUGUUUAGUUCCAGUUUUGUAAUGAUACAUCCACUUAAACUAGAAUAAAAGAUUGGCAUUCACUUAACUGGUAGGCAAAGGGAGAGAAGCAUAAUGGCAUAUCAUGAUUACAUCUGAAUUUGUGACAAAGAUUUCUCUUUCUCACAAGAAGCAGCUUCUAUUGAAACACUUAGCAACCCUGGUUUCUUGAUCAUACACACUAAUUUAUAUGACCAUUUAACAUGUUCACUUGCCUGUAUUUGGUUCUGCACAUGACACUUCCUGAAAUAUUGCCUUCAUAAUUCAGUGAAACAGAUGAUAAUUAGUAAUGCAGCAUUCACUGAACAAAGUGAUUAGGCUAAACUAAAGUGAAGUUUUUGGAUGGGGAGCUACUAAGUAAUCAAGUAUUUAGAGGUUUUGCUUAGGCAGUGACUUCUCACGUUAAAAAUUUGAGUAAUGGGGUGAAACCUCGUGACAACAUGCCGAGCUAACAAAGCACAGAACUUUGAAUGUGGGCACAUGCCCUGUGGAUCAAUUACUUGAGGACGUGGAGCUGUUUUAGAUGAUGGUACUAGAUUUUUUUUUUAUUUAGUCUCCUGCCUGCACGUUAGUUGAGUUGCAUGUUUGAGGUACUUUUCCUCUCAAAAUAUUGUCUAAAGUGAUUCACUACAACCCACAACCUUGGCACCAUUUUAACUGAUCAUAUCUGCAGAGAUAAAAUGUAUUACUGCAUACAAGCAAUAUUUCUGACACUUUUCCUAACUAAAAACUUUGAGAUAUUGGUAAACAUAGAUUUCAAAUGGUCCUUUUUUUUCCCCAUAGUACAAGGAUGGGUGAUGGUGUAGUAUAGGGCAGCUGCCGAAGUUGAUUUUAAAGUCCCCAUGAGGUGUACUGACAAAAAGCAGUUUUUGUCUACUCUAAAAUAAGCAAGAGAAAAGUUGUAAUUUAUCUUUUGUCAUAAAAUUAUAUUCUACAGACCAACCAAAAAGGGACGCUACAGCUUUAAAAGAACAAUAUUAAGUUAUAAAAGAAUGCGAUAUUUUAACUUUCACAACUAUGAAAGAAGUGAAAGGAUACUUCCUCUUACCACUAUGCACUAAAUGUACCUUUCUUAGUUCAAAUUGUUUGUACCAGAACCAAAAUCACCUCUUUGCACCUCCUGUUGGCAACGUUGUUGGGUAAAUGUUGCAUAGUUUUGUUGAAGAGGUGGAGCCUAUGAUUGUUGGAAAUUAUUCCAAUUCCUCCACUCAGUUCACAGCUCCACCUUGUCACAAAGCUGCAGUAGAUACAUUUCACCAUUCAGUUGCCGUUUCACACUUGCAUGGUAGAAUGUUGAAAAGGGACUACAAAAUUGGUUAACAAAAACAUCUUUUCAUAUUAGUUAGUAAGAAAGGAAUUGGAAUGUAUAAAUUGAGCAAACCCUCAGAAAUGCAUACAAACUUGUUUUUAAUUGACUCCAACCAGCAAAUUAAAACCUUUAACUAUUAUUACUUAAUCCACUAAGAGCAGUGCUGCUGGCCUAUUAAAGCUGCUGGCCAAAAUUUGGAAUCUAAAUGGAAGAGCCUGGCCCAUAGUUUUCAAAUCAUUGUUGCAUUCAACAUUUUCAAUCUGUUUGUUACAAGUGUCACUUCAGGUAGUUUUGUGUAAAGAUAGUUUUUCCAUAUUCUGCAACUUCUACUUGGUUAUUGAGUUUUGCAGGCUGCUGAAGAUGCAGCAUCUGAUCUGCCUGCUCCUGACCUGUUCUGGUUGUUUAUUUAAGAUUUUGUUUUAAGGAAAACCUUUAAAUCUUUUCUCAAUCUUGCAGUAGAGAAUCUAAAUCACAGGUAUUUGUUUCAUUUUAAACAAAACACCGUCGCACACACCAGCCGCGCCCCCCCCCCCAAAACAGCAACACCUUUUUAAUUAUAAAUUUGGAUAGACAGAAAUUUCAGUGGCUGUUCCUGCUGUAAUAGGUUUGCAAUCUUUAACUCUCCUGUUCCCAUAGAUAAGGUAGGCGGAGAUAAUAUUAGGUGUCUAGUAAAAAUAAAAGUAGUUGAAACUGUCAAUUAGGGUAAGAAAGUCUAAUCUUCUAUACAUAUACUUAUGCCAAUAUUGCAUUGUACAAUAGGUCCUGACCUUUGUAAAAAUGGGCAAGAAGCUGAUGCGAGAGCUGUAAUAUCCAUAUCUGUUGAAGUCCAAUGGUAUAAUGCAUGUAAACAUUCUCUAAGCAUGAAUUCAUGAAGUCUAUCUGAAACAAAAGCUCAUUAUCCAGAUUUAUGAAGGCUAGUUUUCAGUUCGAUUUUGAAACCUCUAAUCAUUGAGAUUACCCAAUGCUUUAAACAAGAAUUGUUGUAAAUUUAAUUUUGCAACGAACAAAUGCAGCUUCACAGCAUUAAGGUACUUAACAACUGCUCUGUUAAAGCAUUUGAUUAUGUGCCAAAAGAUUCCAACAUGAAAGAAGCAAGAUUUAAUAUUCCAUCAGAAGUACAUUUAUUACUCCAAUUCAAUCAAAAUUGCAUGUGCCGCAAGUUCAAAAUCUGAUUGGUCUACCAUUUAUUGAAGCCUGGAACGCAAUUGACAGCUGCAGAUCUGUGGAAAAGUUAGUGUUUGGUACCUGUUAAGUAAGGAAUAAGAAAAUGGUUUUCAGGUAUUUAUUGAUGCAGUCAGUAGUACAGAUGCUGUCAUCUGUUGACCCUAUAGAGUACACUUUGUAGCUUAUACAAAACAAAUGAAUCCUACUUUUAAGUAAAAAUUAAAAUUUUCUGAUGCUUAAUAGUUUCCACGUUUAAAGGCAAACUUUAUUCUGUUGUUAUUGAAAUGUCCUUUUAAGAGCACCACCCUAGUCUAUUGUUUAAAUAAAACACAAGCCAAGAACGGACUCUAACUACCAUUGCAGUUACUGAUUUACAUAUUUCUAAGCCUCGUAGAAGUCAUGCGAUAAUGCGUUGUGCUUAUCGAAUGGUGUUGAAUAGUUUAUUUGCGUUUACUUGAGGCUUAUGCACAUUUUUGUGUAUCUGCACUUCCAAUUGACAUCACUCUAAAACAGUGGACUGUGAAUUCUGCUGAUGGCAAGUUUUCUCUCUGUGAACUAAUUUGCAGUAAAGCUAAGAAAUUACGGCAAGAAAUAGUCUUUGAGCAGAUUAUGCUGAGGAAAGAGUCGGAAUAAAAAUCAUUGGCAAACCUUUUCAGUUUUUUCAGUCAUUCAAAACAAGGGCCAUUUUUCAGUUUGAAUUGUGUUGCUACUUUGUGAAUGGUCUCGAAAGUGAUCCUACGGCAUCAGCUGGUUUCCUGUUAGCUAACAGUGCCCGCAACAUGAUGCUACAGAUUGGCAAAAAAGAGCUGCCUCGAAAUUUAGUAUUCAAACUGCUGUCACUUCCUGGCCUUUCAACUUAGGACACUUUUCGACAAUCCAUCGUUAUCUGCUUCUACUCAUUAAAAUUACGUCUUGAGGUUUCUUUCCCCCAAUGUCCUUUUUACUACUACCCCUGUCAAUUCCAGUGUUUAUAAAUAGCCCUGUCAAUUUCAAUCAGCCUGCACACAGAUCAUGUUGCGUUGAAAAGAAUUAUUCUUUAUCUGACCUGACUUUCGCUAUCUCCCACCUUUCUAUCUCCUGCACAGACUGGAGAUAUUGAGAGGCUGACCUCGCAAGCUGUGUUUUUCACUGCUUUAAUUCCUUGCAUCUCGGCAAUUCUUCCGUGUAAUCACAAAGACCUCAAACCAGAGAAGCAUUUCAGAAUCCAAAAGAAGAGCUUUCGCACUGUAAAAGUGCCAACAAUUACUGACAUUUAUUAAAUCUUUGAAAAGUUUGACGGCUAUUUUGAAGGUCUUUCUCUUCUCCAUCUCCCCCUCACCGCCACUUCCCCACCCCCGCCUCAAAAGUAUCAAAUCGAAUUCAGAGCUGGAUCAUCAUCUCCUGCCACCCCGAAAAACCCCAGGUUCGGAUUGAUCAGUAAUAGAAAAUUAAUUUUAUUGUUUAAUAAAAACUAUAAUUUUAUCAAAUGUAAUAAUGCUCACCUGCUUCGAUCUCCUGUACCUUGACCAAAUCGUGAAUUGAGGAUAAACUAAUGCCACAAGCAUUCUGUCUGUCUUAGUUGCUGGCCGUUCCAAGGAAAGUGCGUGAUGUCUAAUUUAGAACAGUCCACUUUACAAACUAAAUUAAUUUAAUUGGAAGUGUGCAGUUCAGAACGGUGGUGUGUAUUAAUACAAGAUAUGCUUGAGGCUACACUUUUCCUUAUAAAUCAGCUAUUUCUGUGAUGAACUAAACUGGUCAUGUGCUCAAAAAACGUUCACUUUCACUUGGAGACCUAUCACUUUCAAUGGAUAUCUGCCGUCCUGCCCACUGCACUUCGAGCGCAGGCUGGUACAACUGACGGUUUGAUGAGAGACUCCUGAACGUUCAUCACUGGAUGAAAAAGUGCAGUUAAAAAAAAAAAUAGCCUUGGUGAGUUGUGGGCUGCCUUGUGACUAGCAGUAUUACAUUAAGUUUUUUUUAUAAAGUAAAUCGUAUGCCUUUAUAAAUUUAGAAUGAUGACUAUGAAGAUUAAAGAAAGGGCAGUUUGGAAAAACAGGUUUUGAUUCCACUAAAAAACUCCACCUAAUAUGGAAAGCGAAUUGUUUCCAGUUUUGGGACCACAAGCAUGAUAAACUAUUUUAAAAUUAUGUAUGAAAAUUGUCUACAAUCCCCAUCUUCCAGGCACAUCUUUAUCUCAUUGGGUAAGCUGUUUGAACAGUGUACACUUUAAUUACCAGUUUUCUAAAUGUGUCUUGUGAAGCACAAUCAAAUAGUUGAGACGGACUUGCUGUGCUACAGUAAAUGACCAAUAAAAGGUGAAGAACCAGUUAAAGUGGUCACGAAGUGGUGAUUGGAGACCUGCCAGUUUCCUGACAGCAGCUUUUUGAGGAGAUUUCGAUCAACCUUGGCCUGACCUAGAUAUAAAUUAUCAUCAUAGAAUCAUACAGUACAGGAGAGGCACUUCAACCCAUUGGGUCUGUACCAUUUUGUUAAGCUAUAUAUAAAAAUUUAUUAUAUAGAUAUAUAUAUAUAUAUAAUAUGCAUCUGGAUGUUGUCUACGUGGGUUAGAUUUUUUUUCAAACGAAGUUGAAGCUUUUUCUGUGUGCUAGAUCUGUUGCUGAUCAACAAAAGGCACUUGAAACUUAUGUGAAGUCAUGCUUAGUUAAUGAUUUGGGAUUUCAGAUAAUAAACUAAUUUUAUAGGAUGUAUCAAUGCUAUCCUGUAUUGAUCUUAUGUACCUUGAUAUGGUCAAGGUAUCAGGAAGAAAUCUACCAACAAAUGCUUAACAGUAGAAGCACUUGAAUGAUCUAGACUAUUCUAAAGUUAAUGGACUAGAAUGUAAGACACUAUUCUUUCUCAAUUCAAUGUGACGUUAACUGAGGCAAAGUAAAUGACUGACUCCCCCCCCCCCCCACCAUAUUCAGUCCCUUGAGUCCUAACCAUUAUUCUUGCAGUUUGCAUUUUUUUAAAAUCUUUGUUAAGCAGGAAAAAGAAUGUACAGAAAAUGGAGAUAUCAGAUUAUGUAACAGGAUAUAUGCAUGUUUGUGUCACAGUACAGUCAUCACUUUGGUAACAAAUCCUUGAUUUGAUGAUUAUUGGUAGUCAUUUUUAUUUUCAAUCUGUAGACAGCCACUCGGGACAUCCUUGCUACCAUAAUAAAAUUGUGCUCAUUUUUGAUCUUUUUAUAUAUACAUUUUGUUGGAAUUAAAAUUUGUCUAAAAACUUUGCUUUACACAACUUUGUUUCUAUGUUCUAAAAUGUUUGAUUUUCUUGGCUUAAUCUGAAAGUGGGCAACACUAGAACAGUUUUUUUUAAAACACAAUGGCUUAAGUUAUUGAAUAAAAAGUAUGGUGCUGUAGCUUAAAGGUAUAUAUCCUGUUUGAUAAGUUUUAAAAAAUAGUGCAGCUUCGUUAACUUAUGCCUUGAAAGGUGGGAUACUUAUUAUGUAUGUCCUAUUGUGUUUUUCUUCAUGAAGCAAGCUGCACAGACUUAGUGCAAUUUCAAACGCACAUUACUAAGUAAGUUGCCUUUUUUCAACUUUAAAUUGUGAGCUAAGGGAAUCCUGUUAAUAGCAUAUACACCUAACUCUUCUGCCUUCAUUGUUUUCAAUUAAAAACAAUAAACUAUGUUCCAAAAAGUGUUUACAACAAGUAUGAAUGAAAAAGGCAAAAGUGUUGCAACAAUAUCUGUCAUGCAUGUCCACUUUCAUCUGAUUCAAGGGAAUUAUUCUUGCUCAGUUGGGAAGGCAUUGUGGUAUAAAGAAAUGAAAUAAGACUUUGGAAGGAAGUCUUGUGAUGCAAUUCCAUUGUGCAAGUGAAUGUAGAAAAUGUAUUUUUGGUUCAGGACAAUUCCAUCCUUCAAUAAAUACACUCAUGAAGCUAAACUAUUUCUUUCAGAGCAGAGAAGAGCAAGAUUGAGGUAUCCAGUAGCUAGUGUAAUACACACUGGUAUUUUUGUAAAAAAAAAGGAAAAACUUAAAAAUUUUUAGAAACUGACUGAAUAAUUAUGUGGUAUGCAUGACUUACUGUGGUGGAUCAGAGCAAUAUGUACCCUGGUGUGUUUGCCACAUUAGAGUUCAGCUUGGAGUGCUGAUGCUGUAUCUUGCAUUUUGAUAUUUUUCUCUUAUUACCAAGUGACAUAACCUCUAUGUAAAAUGUUUUGCAUGUAUUUAUAUGGUUCUUGUGAUGGAAUGAAUAGUCAAAUUAGCUUCUUCCAGAACACACAAUCUGACAAUACAUUCGGUUGAAAAGCAAAAACAAUUUUAAAAAAUUGGCAAUGACUUAUCAAACUUUAAAUGCGUGAUUCUAGAAGCUUCAGAGUAUUUUUUUACAAGCAGCCUGCAUUUGUGAAUCAAGAAUAAUGUAUCCUGCAAUCUUUGUGUAUUAAAAGAAAAUAAUAAAUAUUUCUCCAUCAGUUGUUUAUGGAUAACUUUUUUAUCCUGUUGUAAAUAAACUCAUUUUUUUUGUUUAUUUUGAACUAUGCAAAUGGGUCUGUAACUGUUUUUCUUUUUAUUUUCUCUUCCAUUCAGUCUGUGUUUUGGUGGAAUGUGUCUUGUUUUGGAAGAUGUGUAAACCAUUUUGUAGUAAAUGAACAUGUAGAAUGCAGUCUCUCCCGUUCCUGUCAAGCAAACUUCAGACAAAGAUGUCAAUUGAGUAAAUACAAAUAAAGAAUCUGGGGGAAUGGAAAA